GCUUCUGCGCGCCGCACCCCAGCUUCUCCGCAGCCCCCCGACCAGCGCGGGACUCGCCCCCCGCCGCCAAGAUGGUCAUCCAGAAGGAGAAGAAGAGCUGCGGGCAGGUGGUUGAGGAGUGGAAGGAGUUCGUGUGGAACCCGAGGACGCACCAGUUCAUGGGCCGCACCGGCACCAGUUGGGCCUUUAUCCUCCUCUUCUACCUCGUCUUCUAUGGCUUCCUCACGGCGAUGUUCACCCUUACCAUGUGGGUCAUGCUGCAGACGGUCUCUGACCAUACCCCCAAGUACCAGGACCGACUGGCCACGCCAGGCUUGAUGAUUCGCCCCAAGACCGAGAAUCUUGAUGUCGUUGUCAACGUCAGUGACUCCGAGAGCUGGGACCAGCACGUUCAGAAGCUCAACAAGUUCUUGGAGCCUUACAAUGAUUCCAUCCAAGCCCAAAAGAACGAUGUCUGCCGCCCGGGGCGCUACUAUGAACAGCCGGAUAAUGGGGUUCUCAACUACCCGAAGCGUGCCUGUCAGUUCAACCGAACCCAGCUGGGGGAUUGCUCUGGCAUCGGGGACCCAACCCACUACGGUUACAGCACUGGUCAGCCCUGUGUCUUCAUCAAGAUGAACCGGGUCAUCAACUUCUACGCAGGAGCCAAUCAGAGCAUGAAUGUCACCUGUGUGGGGAAGCGUGAUGAAGAUGCUGAGAAUCUUGGCAACUUUGUCAUGUUUCCUGCCAAUGGCAACAUCGACCUCAUGUACUUCCCCUACUAUGGCAAAAAGUUCCAUGUGAACUACACGCAGCCCCUGGUGGCCGUCAAGUUCCUGAACGUGACCCCCAACGUGGAGGUGAACGUGGAAUGCCGGGUCAAUGCCGCCAACAUCGCCACGGAUGACGAGCGGGACAAGUUCGCCGGCCGCGUGGCCUUCAAGCUCCGUGUCAACAAAACCUGAGGCCCCUUCCUCCUGCCCCCACCUCUUUCCUAUGGAUGCUUCUGGAAUGUCCCCGACCCUGCCUGAUCCCUCCCUCACCCGCCCCAAAGGUAUUUUUUAUAACAGAGCUAUGACUUGUUUGAGCCCCACUCCCUUUUUCUUUACUUGUGAACCCCACCUGGUGAUGGCCAUUUGUGAUUCCUGGCCUCCUGUCCCCGCCCUUCCUCUCCCGACUCCAGCUCUGUCAGAGGCAGGGAGACGGGAUCCCGGGACGGCCCCAGAGGACUUAGGAGCUGUUCUGGUUCUGUUUUAGCUGUGAGUAGGGUGUCUCCACCCCUCCUGUCCCCAGAGAACUAUAGAAGAUGCCUUUCUGCCCACCUUCACACCUGCCCACUUUCACACCUGCCUUCGCACUCAUCCUCCUCUUACACACACAGACAUACACACGCGCAUCUCUGUUCAGCUCCAGACACUCCA